CAAUGAGCAAACUGAACAUUCAUACGCUGGUUUCAUAUGACACCGAACAACCGGCCGAUUCCGUCGAAUGGUGUCCACAGGAAGGAUGGGAAAACUUGUUCGUUUGCGGCACCUAUCAAUUGGAACAUGACCAACAAUCCUCAUUGGCAAGCAGGAAAGGACGCAUACUGUUGUACCGUUUCGACGUGGAUUCUACCAACGAAUCCCUAAAGCUGCUGCAAACAAUCGACCGAUCGGCAGUGUUGGAUCAAAAAUGGAACCCAGCCCAAAGGAAUCAAUUAGCUGUAGCCGGAGCAGAUGGAAUGCUUGCAUUGUUCGCAAUGACUGAUAAAACCGGACAACCUCUGCUUGAACACCAAACAAGUGUCGCGCUGUGUGGCGAUGCAACCAUCGACCGAAAUCUGUUGACUUUGGCAUUGGAUUGGAGACACGACGGAAAGCGGAUCAUUGCAAGCGAUUCGCACGGUUGCGUGGAACUAUUCAGCACCGAGAAUGGACUACAAUCCAUACACAGCUGGAACGUGCACGGAUUCGAAGCGUGGACCUGUGCUUUUAGUCGGCAUAACGAAAAUGUCGUUUUUAGCGGAGGAGACGACUGUUUUCUGUGCCUGCACGACAUACGCUGCUCAGCCGAACCAAUUAUGAAAGGAAAGAAUAAAACUCAUUCAGCGGGCGUCACCUCGCUGCUUUCGUUUGCUGGACGGGAUCACGCACUACUCACCGGAAGCUAUGACGAAAAUGUGCGCCUGUUUGAUGAGCGUCAGCUAAAGUCCAAUGUUUCGGAACUUGCUCUAGAGGGUGGUGUCUGGCGGUUACGAUCGAAUCCGCACAGGGAGCCGAAUCAAAUCUUGUGCGGUUGUAUGUAUCACAACUUUAGUGUGGUCCAACUGCAGUCAGACGAUUCGUUCAAAUUGAUCGGUCAGUACGAGGAACAUGAAAGCAUCUGCUACGGGUGCGAUUGGCAACAGGUUGGAACAAACUAUCGCACUGGCAGAAGGAUAAUAGCGACGUGUUCUUUUUAUGACCAUAAACUGUGCGUAUCCGAGAUAAACGAAUAA